AGGGCGAUCCGCCUGGUGCCGGCCAGUCAGUUCACCUCUCGCCAGGGAGCUGCUGCAGCCUCUCAGCUGCCUGGUGCCUGCCUGCCUGCACACUCCACUACAGCUGGACGCUUCAUUCCGCGCACUCCCCCCCCCCCCCCUGCCUGCAUUUUCACGCAACAAGCGAGCGCACGGAUGGAGGCGGGACUCUUAUUUUUCCCACUUUCGCCAAUGAUGGAGCGUUAAGAUGUUUUGAAUGCGCACACACCAACACGCUCGAUUCGACGGCAUGCGGGGCGCGCGGUCUCCGCGCGGUGCCUGUGGAUCGCUCUCGGCCGCGGACGCUUGACUGAGGACUGGAGCGGGAAAGGGGGGAUCCCAUCUCAAUGGAAGCACUUUGCAUAGACAAAUGUGAAUUAUCUUGGCAAGCCAUGGAGAGACUUGCCUUAAAAGGACCCAGUGGCCAUUUUUAAGCUCUUUUUGGUGGACUUUCUACAUCGUCGCAAGUCUUUUGGGUCGUGUCCGUCGCCAUGGCGGAGAAGCUGGAACCUUCCGGGAUCAAGCCCGCCAACGUGCUACCCCUUCCCUCGGUGCCGCCGGAACCCAUCGACAUCAUCCGCACCAAAGCGCGCUCCCGCCGGGUCCGCCUGAACGUUGGUGGGCUCAACCACGAGGUCCUGUGGCGGACUCUGGACCGGCUGCCGAGGACCCGCCUCGGCAAGCUGCGGGACUGUAACACGCACGAGUCCCUGAUGGAGGUGUGUGACGACUACAGCCUGAACGAGAACGAGUACUUCUUCGACCGCCACCCGGGGGCGUUCACCUCCAUCCUCAAUUUCUAUCGCACGGGCAAGCUGCACAUGAUGGAGGAGAUGUGCGCCCUUUCCUUCGGCCAGGAGCUGGACUUCUGGGGGAUUGACGAGAUCUACCUGGAGUCCUGCUGCCAGGCCCGCUACCACCAGAAGAAGGAGCAGAUGAACGAGGAGUUGCGCAGGGAAGCGGAGACCUUGAGGGAACGCGAAGGGGACAGCGAGUUUGAUAACACCUGCUGUCCAGAGAAGAGGAAGAAGCUGUGGGAUCUUCUGGAGAAGCCCGGCUCCUCUGUAGCUGCCAAGAUUCUGGCCAUCCUAUCCAUCCUGUUCAUCGUGCUGUCCACCAUCGCGCUAUCCCUGAACACCUUGCCGGAGCUUCAGGAGAAGGACGAUUUUGGCCACGCCAUUGACAACCCUGAGCUGGCGCACGUGGAGGCCGUCUGCAUUGCCUGGUUCACCAUGGAGUACCUGCUGCGCUUCCUCUCCUCGCCAAACAAAUGGAAGUUCUUCAAGGGUCCGCUCAACGUCAUCGACCUGCUGGCCAUCCUGCCCUACUACGUGACCAUUUUCCUGACCGAGUCCAACAAGAGCGUGCUCAAGUUCCAGAACGUGAGGCGCGUGGUGCAGAUCUUCCGGAUUAUGAGAAUACUUCGGAUCCUCAAAUUGGCCAGGCACUCCACGGGGCUUCAGUCGCUGGGCUUCACUUUGAGGCGGAGCUACAACGAGCUGGGCUUGCUCAUUUUGUUCCUCGCCAUGGGCAUCAUGAUUUUCUCCAGCUUGGUCUUCUUUGCCGAGAAAGACGAAGACGCCACCAAGUUCACCAGUAUCCCCGCCUCCUUCUGGUGGGCCACCAUUACCAUGACAACGGUGGGCUACGGGGACAUUUACCCGCAGACGUUACCCGGAAAAAUCGUCGGGGGGCUCUGCUGUAUCGCGGGCGUGCUGGUCAUCGCCCUGCCCAUUCCCAUUAUCGUCAACAACUUCUCUGAGUUCUACAAGGAGCAGAAGAGGCAGGAGAAGGCCAUUAAGAGGCGGGAGGCUUUGGAGAGAGCCAAACGUAACGGCAGCAUUGUGUCCAUGAACCUCAAAGACGCAUUCGCUCGGAGUAUGGAGCUCAUGGAUGUGGUAGUGGAGAAAGGAGAGGAGAAAAGCUCCCUGGACAACCACCUGUCACCCAACCGUUGGGGGGGCUCCAGCAGGUUGGCCACCUCGGAGACCAACCUCAAGUCGCCAAAGAAGAGGAGCCUGGAGACCAUGGCGGCGGGGCCCAACUCUCCCCACCACAUCACCAUCACCACCACGGGUAGCCCGCAAUGGGGCAGCAAAACCCCGCAGCAUCUCAACGUCCAGAAACUGGAGGAGAUGUACAACCAGAUGACCAAGUCUCAGUCCUUCACCAAUCUCCACACGACCAGCUCCAUGAGCACGCUCAGCACCACCAUUGCCGGCCCGGGCUCGCCAAAGCGGUCCCAAAGUCCCGAGUCCACACAGAAGGAAGAACUGGAGAUGAAGGAGGUGGACGGACCCAAGAGCAGACACCUCCAGGUACCUUCGCCUCUCCAUCUAACCGCGGUUCAGCUUUCGUCGAGCGACAUCCUCAAAGACGGCUUUUAUCGAUCCGAUAACCGGGGCGAUGGAGCGGAACUCCACAUAGAGGAAGGGGAGAGUUUCGGUAGUGCCGUGGAGAACAUUCAAAAAUCUCUUCGUGGGAACAACGCUCUUAAAAUUAAGACGUCCGCCGAGGGCCCACCGACACCGCCCAGCACCACGUCUCCUGGAGACAUUAGCUCCAGCAUCCUGGAGGAAGAGUCACCAGACGGGGAAAGGUUGCCUCUCAUGGCCAGCUCGGAAGCGCUUAUCCAGGCCGUAGAGGACGAGGAGGAGGCGGGGGAGACCGGCCCUCUGGUGGACACCCCACCCGGCGAUGAGGGCCCGUCCUCAGACAACCGCCUGAUGGCGGUGGCCGGUGCGAUUGCCGUGCCCCGGUCCCCCAAGACCGCCGCCCAAAACUGCAACCAGGGCGAGAGGGAAGCCGACCAAAACGGACACAAAGCGGAGAACCACAUUUUCACGUCCGACAUCCACCUGAUACCCGGGGACAGCGGGCUCUCGCCCGCCUGCGAGACCAGCAUGUGACUGCGAGAGCCCAAACAUUUCUGCAUGGCAUGGCAAGCCCCUUUCACUUGUGUCGUGGCGGACCGCCCCAACGACAAGGAACCCGUCCACUGGUGGAAACUAUUUCCCCUUGUAAAUAAAAGACAAGCUCCUUUUCCAUUACGCAGAUGAACUGAUCUGUAAAUAAGCAUGCAAGAUAGAAAAAGACUCGUCUUUUACGGUGCUUCAUUUGCUUUGUAAAUACUCGGACACGAAAGGCAAUGACAAUUAACGCGAUUAAAAAAAAAGGACAAUACCGUUAACAGCAAUGUGACAAAUGGACAAAUGGACAACCAUUGUAGCGACCUAUUUAUUAAAAAAAAAAAAACAUAUCAUUACCUUUUGUGGAAAAUGCAAAGUGUUCCCUUGAUGAGCCUGUCAUUUGUUCCUGUGUGUGUGUAGUAACGUUUUGCAAAUUUCAAGUUCCGAUAUUCAGUCUCCGAAUUCAUGAGGAAGCAAAACAGCAAGCUUAUAUUUGGAAAAAAA